UCACUGUUGAUGUAAAAACAAGACCCAGGCACUGUGCUGAAAGCUGCUGAGACUGGAGUAAACUAGUCAGUAGCACCCUGACUAUCAGCUGAGCACUGUGACACCCACACCUUCCCGACCAGACCCGGGCCAGCAUUCUGUGUCUGCCGCUUCAGCCUGAGCAGUAUGCUUGAGACUGCAGAGCUGUACUUCAAUGUGGACCAUGGCUACCUGGAGGGCCUGGUGCGAGGAUGCAAAGCCGGCCUCCUAACUCAGCAGGACUAUGUCAACCUAGUGCAGUGUGAGACCUUGGAAGAUCUGAAAAUUCAUCUCCAGACCACUGAGUACGGCAACUUCCUGGCUAAUGAAACAAACCCUCUCACUGUUUCCAAAAUUGACACAGAGAUGAGGAAAAAGCUCUGUAGAGAGUUUGACUAUUUCCGAAAUCAUUCGUUGGAGCCCCUGAGCACAUUUUUUACCUACAUGACAUGCAGCUAUAUGAUAGACAAUGUAAUUCUACUGAUGAAUGGGGCAUUGCAAAAGAAAUCUGUGAAAGAACUUCUAGCCAAGUGUCACCCAUUGGGCCGUUUCACAGAGAUGGAAGCAGUCAACAUUGCAGAGACCACCUCAGAUCUCUUCAAGGCUGUGCUGGUUGAAACACCAUUAGCUCCAUUCUUCCAAGACUGUAUGUCUGAAAAUACUCUCGAUGAACUGAAUAUUGAAUUACUGCGCAAUAAACUAUACAAGUCUUACCUUGAGGCAUUCUACAAAUUCUGCAAGGAUCAUGGUGAUGUCACAGCAGAAAUUAUGUGCCCCAUUCUUGAGUUUGAGGCCGACAGACGUGCUUUAAUCAUCACUCUGAACUCAUUUGGCACUGAAUUGAGCAAAGAAGACAGAGAGACCCUCUUCCCCACCUGUGGCAAGCUCUAUCCUGAGGGGCUGCGUUUGUUAGCUCAAGCUGAAGACUUUGAGCAGAUGAAGAGAGUAGCAGAUAAUUAUGGAAUUUACAAGCCUUUGUUUGAGGCUGUAGGUGGCAGUGGGGGAAAGACAUUGGAAGAUGUGUUCUAUGAGCGAGAGGUGCAAAUGAAUGUGCUGGCAUUCAACAGGCAAUUCCACUAUGGUGUGUUUUAUGCAUAUGUAAAGUUGAAGGAGCAAGAGAUGAGAAAUAUCGUGUGGAUAGCAGAAUGCAUCUCACAGAGACAUCGAACUAAAAUCAACAGUUACAUUCCGAUUUUAUAAGCCAGUGAUGAGGCCCCAAAUGUAGAAACUUAUGCCUGUUGAAAGGAAGUUAUUGAGGGAGGAAAAGGGAUUGUGUCUUACAUUAUCUAGAUUAUACAACAGUAAGUCUUACCUAUCUCCUCUCCAUGAAUUGCACGUCCCCUGGAAGUCUAGUAAACUGAACUUAAAACAAAAUAUUCUCUUUUUAUUUUCAGCAAACCUGAAUCAUUUUUGCACAUUUAUGUCUCGUUGCUCACUGACCUUACACAGUCAUUUUAAUUGACCCUGUAGUAUUUUUCCUACUCUCAUUUAGUUAUGUUAAAAUUCUAUCUAAAUGGGUAUUUCACUCUUCCUUUUUGAUUCUUCUCCCCAAACUCAAACACUGAGUGCCUGAUCUACUUUUUAACUGAAGGUUCCCCUCCUUGUAGUCACAAAACUGCAAAGCUGUGUGUAGCCAACAUAUACCACAUUUGGUGAAUAACAUUAUCUUCUUUUCCCCCCAAGACACUUGAAUUAGUAAGCCUGAAAAAGACAGAGUUCCAAGAUGAUAGAGUUGCUAAAUUUGCUAAUAUAUAUAUAUAUAUAUAUAUAUAUAUAUAUAUAUAUAUAUAGAGAGAGAGAGAGAGAGAGAGAGAGACAGAGACAGAGACAGAGACAGAGACAGAGGCAGACAGAGAAGCAGAGAGAUAAGCAAAAUAUAUGGAUAUCUAUACCUGUGGUCUGUCACACUGUUUUCAAGAGGAAAAUUCCACAAAUUAUAUUUUGUUCCUUUAGAAGAAAAAAGUCACAGAUUUAGUAUGGUUGCUUCAUAAAACCUGGAACCAGUGGAGAGGGCUGCUCAGAAAAGUAAAAUAGUAAAAUAUGUCCCCAAUCUUUUCUCUAAAUAGCAAGAGUGUUCUUAAAUAUAGUCUGUAUUUGCUAUGCUUCAAGAAUUAAAUAUGCUCAGUCAACAAGACAACUCGGCCAGUAAGGGAGCAUGCUGUCUACCUACCUGAGUUCAAUCCCUGGGAGCUCACAUGGUAGAAGGUAACUCGGUACUACAAGAUUGUCUCUAACCUUUAUAUAUUCAACACACGCACACACACACACACACACACACACACACACACACACACACACGAAACAAUUGUAAAAAUAAAAUAAAAUAAACAUGCUGAGCUAAUUUGAACCUUCUUUGUAUAAGCAUACUUAACAAAGUAUAUAAACGUACUGUCUAGAAUAGCAUGCAUUAACUAAGGAGCACAAUAUUUUUCUGUAGAAAAAUCAUCUAUAAGUAUAAGGAAAAAUAAUGAUUUGUUGAACUAAGAAGAAAGCCAAGUUGCCUACUUCCUGACUGCAGGUGCAAUGUAUCCAGCUGCUUCACGCUUAUGUCACCAUACCUUCUCAACCAUGGUGGACUGUACUUUCAAACUGUAAGCCAAAUAAACCCUUCCCUCUCUAAGUUGUUUCAUU